AUGAUGCGCAAAAAAGAAGCGUAUACCCAAAUCACACCCAUCCCCUCCAACGUACCCCGCCAACUAGCCCUGGACAUCCUCCACAGCCACAGCGAAAUAAUCACCCUGAACCCACUAGUCCUCUCGCACCGCCCGAUCAAAGCGCCCCGAGAUGCAGUCUCAGAUGAGUACUACUCAACCUGGUACGAAAUCACCGAACGAGUGCAAUACCUGCCCGGCCUGGGAAAGAUGGGCUCAGGCAAAAUAAGCUUCAAAGGCUGUUUCCACGACGAAACUUGGGGUCUCAAGACUCACACAUAUGCACCGAUGAGCAUAGAUCUGCAGAGCAAAUGGCGCAUUGCAGGCAACCAGCCUGACGAGCCGCCCGAUCUGGAAGGGCGGGAACCGCGCUCAGCAGGUGCGCCUGCGAACGGACUUUAUCUGCGCGAGGAUGUUGAGAUCUCGUGUAAUUUGACGCUCAUGUCAUUUGUCAAGGGUCAGCUUAAGGCUGCGUCCAAGGUUCUUGUGGAUCGGUUGAUCAAGAAGGCUGAGUUACUUGAUGAGGGUGCUUUGCAGGCUAUGAUGGAGGAUGGCAAGUUGAGGACGUUUAAUCCGGCUGAUCGGUCGAGUUUGAUGAUGUCGCCUUCGGUUAGGUAUUCGGAUCGGGAGAGGAGGAGGUCGUCUCGGUGGUCUUCUCAAGCUUCUGAGUGUGACUAUGACAAUGAGCAGGAAAGUCAGGGAAGCCAGGGAAGCCAGGGAAGGGGCUCUGUGUCUGGGUGGAAGAAGUAUUCUUUGUCGCCCCGAUAUAAUCAGGAGCAGAAGGGCUUUAUUGCGGAGUUGCCGGCUGAUACAUAUCAUCCACGGCCUAGUCCUGGGGUUGAGAAGUAUUCUGAGUUGCCGAGUCCUGAUAUGCGGUUUUCUUCGAAUCGAUAUGAUGGGCAUCCUGCUGAACUUCCUCAGUAA